GUUGACAAUUGGCGCCCGAACAGGGACCCUGAAGGACGUUCAGGAAGGGCCUCCCCCGGUCCAGGGAGUAGCACAAGCGCCAUAUUAUGAAGGUAUCGGAAUAGAGGAUAUCGGUCGCUUGAAAAAGGCAGUGUCUCUAUAUGGACCACAGUCACAUUAUGUGAAGGAGCUACUUAAUGGAUUAGCUCGACAUUAUAAUAAUUUCUCUCCUGAAGAUUGGAGGGUCCUUUGUAGAGCCCUUCUGAAGGAGCCUGAGUAUCUGCAAUGGCAGAUGUGGUUUUCUGAACUAUGUAUGGAUUGGGCUCGCCAGAAUGCAUUAAGUCCUAACCCUCGUAUACAGGUUAUAAGUUAUCAAAUGUUGGCAGGGAUAGGUCAAUAUUCUGAUAUUGCUACUCAGGUUAAUACCCCUGAAGAAAUUCAUGAGCAAUUGCGGGAGAUAGGUUUAGAGGCUUGGGAACGUAUUCGGCCAACAGGGGAGCACUAUGGAUCAUGGACUAAAGUUAUUCAAAAGACUAAUGAGCCUUAUGUUGAAUUCUUAUCACGAUUAAAAUUAACUUUAGAAAGAACUGUUAUUGGAGAGGAAGCUAGACAACAAUUGUUGAGGUUACUAGCAUAUGAGAAUGCUAAUGAGGAUUGUAAGAGAGUUAUAUUACCUAUUAAGGAUACAGGAGACAUUAACACUUUUAUGAAGGCCUGUAAGGAUGUAACAUCAGAAAGUCGAAAGAUGCAGCUAUUUGCUGAAACUAUGGCCACUACUUGGCAUUCCUUGCAGUCCAAACAACUAGAUAAGAUGAAAUGUUUUGGCUGCGGGCAACCAGGACAUUUGAGAAAGAAUUGUAAAGGGAAGAAACUUGAUAAAGGGCGUGGGCCUGGAAUUUGUCCACGAUGUAAAAAGGGAAAGCAUUGGGCUCGAGAAUGUCGUGCUAAACUAAAUACCAGUUUUGCAGAGAAGCACCAGGGAAACUCCAUUUCGGGCCCUACCCCGGGAGGAUGGACGGACCUGUUCCUGGCUCCCCGCGAGGUGGAUCCAGCCAAGGACCAAUUCGAACGGCACCGUAUCCUGUCAGGCGACGAACAAGGAAUCCAGACCACGAUGAACUUCCAAUACAGGCCAUGGCACACCUAA